ACGUUAUAAGUGUGCAGCCAUUCAUCUUGUGACCGCUUCAUCGGUUUCUAGCACCGAUUCGAACACUUGUCAGAAAACAUGUCGAGACUGUGGCUGCUGUUUGGUUUUGCUGCUGUAACUUCUGCCUUUUACCUGACCGAACAAGACGAGUUUCAAUUCAAGUCAUGGUUAGCACAGAACAACAAGGCGUACACCAUGAAAGAGUACUACCAGAGACUGCAGAUAUUCACAGAGAACAAGAGAAGAAUCGACAAACACAAUGAAGGAAAUCAUUCUUUCACCAUGGGACUGAACCAGUUUUCAGAUAUGACGUUCAGUGAGUUUAGAAGAACGUUCCUGUUGUCUGAGCCACAGAACUGCUCAGCUACUAAGGGAAAUUACCUUCGCAGCAAUGGGCCACCAGACUCCAUUGACUGGAGGAAGAAAGGGAACUACAUAACACCUGUGAAGAACCAGGGAGCUUGUGGUAGCUGCUGGGCAUUUUCCACUACAGGCUGUUUGGAGUCCGUCACUGCUAUUGCCACUGGAAAGCUCGUACCACUGUCAGAACAACAGCUGGUAGACUGUGCCCAGGAUUUUAACAACCAUGGGUGUAAUGGUGGUCUUCCCAGCCAGGCAUUUGAGUACAUCAUGCACAACAAAGGACUGAUGACAGAACAUUACUAUCCAUACAAAGCUGUGGAAGGUACUUGCAUGUACAAUUCAAAACUGGCUGCAGCUUUUGUGAAGGAAGUAAUGAACAUAACAGCUUACGAUGAGAUGGGGAUGGUCGAUGCGGUCGGCACACACAAUCCGGUCAGCUUUGCCUUUGAGGUGACUCCAGACUUCAUGCAUUAUAAGCAGGGCGUGUAUGCCAGUACAACAUGCCACAACACCACAGACAAGGUGAACCACGCUGUGUUGGCUGUUGGUUAUGGAGAAGAGAACAGCACCCCUUACUGGAUAGUGAAGAAUUCAUGGGGACCUAGCUGGGGCACUGAUGGAUAUUUCUUCAUUGAACGUGGGAAAAACAUGUGUGGACUCGCUGCUUGUGCAUCUUUUCCGGUGGUCUGAUAGUUUUUUAAAAAUAUUUUUACAAAAAGUACCUCUAGGGAAAUAUAAUGUGUUUUUAAUCUACAAACAAUGGGCCAUGCAAAAAUUAUAUAUAUAUAUAUAUAUAUAGAUAGAUAGAUAGAUAGAUAGAUAGAUAGAUAGAUAGAUAGAUAGAUAGAUAGAUAGAUAGAUAGAUAGAUAGAUAGAUAUAGAUAUAUCAUUUUAAUUGCCUAUAUUUUAUGUAUGUUGAAUGCUUCUCCGGAGUUUCAGUUUUUACCCUCUGCCAAUCAGAAUUUGAUGAUAGAAGGAUUCAUACCAAGACAAAAUAAUCUUUAAUCUUUAUAUUAGGUCUUCUGGUUGACAAAUAAAUUAUUAUAAACAUG